UUCAAGUGCAAUACGCGAUUUUAGCCGUUUGGCAUCCGCACGCUUCUCUCUCUCUCUCUCUCUCUGUAACAUAUAUAUCCCGUAUUCCCGGUCUAAUUUCGACCGAUGAAAUUACGCUUGGUUGGAUGCACGCACGUCGCAACCCUCCCCCACCCCUUCCUCUGUUGUGUCGUUGAAAUCCGGCAGCGAUAAGAUAACGCCGUGGAUGUAAUCGGUCGGUCGAAUAAAGUGCCGGUUAUCGAUUGACUUUCGAUUUUUCUUGGUGGUUUUCCCCCUGAAAUUUAUUUUUUCACUUUUUUCUUUCUCCACUUUUACGCGAAAUAUCUGCACACAUGUCAGAUAUCUAUACAUAUAUAUGCUCGCAACUUGACGGCGAUAACGAACGGAUCGUUAGCGCGCAGGAUGAACGAUAAAUUCUCACUUUACUCCGGGCGUUAUCCGAUAGUGCAGCGUACGUCGUCCUGUCGACGGAAGGAAUCCCGAGAGAUUUGCGAUUGAAAACUUUGAGGAUUAGGAGCCGGGGUCAGGAUACAGUGCCGAGAUAAACGAGGGGAAAUGUUCGUGCGAAAACACGGUGCAGGCGCCUCACGGCGCGGCGGGGCGGCCCCAAUGCCGGCCAGGAAGGGCCUCCUCGCCCCCCAGAAUACUUUUCUUGACACCAUCGCGACACGCUUCGAUGGGACUCACAGCAACUUCGUCCUGGGAAAUGCUCAAGUUCCCUCGAUUUAUCCGAUCGUUUACUGUUCGGAUGGAUUCUGUGACUUGACGGGUUUCGCGCGCGCCCAAAUCAUGCAAAAGGGCUGCGCGUGCAAAUUUCUCUAUGGACCAGACACGACGGAGGAGGAGAAGGCGAUGAUCGACAAGAGUCUCGAGAGCAAAACUGAGCUCAAGAUGGAGGUUGUAUUCUACAAGAAAACCGGGAAGCCGUUUAACUGCCUCCUCGACAUCGUGCCUAUAAAGAACGAGAAAGGAGACGUCGUCCUCUUUCUCGCAUCGCACAAGGAUAUUACAGACGCGAAAAAUCUUCAGCCCUGUGAGUUGUACGAUAGUGAUGCGAAUGGUAACCUGGAUCCGGAAGCCCCUCCGGCUAAUUAUGGACGAAGAAGGAGUCGAGCAGUUCUCUAUCAACUCUCGGGCCAUUACAAACAGGACAACAAACACAAGCUGAAAAUAAACAACACGCUUCUUCAUUCCACUGCCGCCCCGCUUCCGGAGUACAAAACGUCGGCAAUAAAAAAAUCAAGAUUUAUACUGAGUCAUUACGGUGGAUUCAAGUCCUGCUGGGAUUGGCUUAUCCUGAUCGCAACUUUCUACGUGGCGAUUGUCGUUCCGUAUAACGCGAGCUUCGUCAACACGGACAGGCCAACGAUGGUCAGCGACGUCGUCGUCGAAGCUCUCUUCAUUAUCGAUAUAAUCCUGAACUUCAGAACGACUUACGUCAGUCGGAAGGGCGAAGUAGUCAGCAGCAGUAAGAGCAUCGCUUUGAACUACUUGAAAAGCUGGUUCCUAGUCGACCUGGUGGCAGCCCUGCCGUUCGACCUCCUCUACGCGUCCGACCUUUACAGUGGUGAGGAUUCGGGCCACAGUCACAUUCACCUAGUCAAGUUAACCAGACUGCUAAGGUUGGCUCGUCUGCUACAAAAGAUGGACAGGUACUCGCAAUACAGCGCGAUGAUCCUGACCCUCCUGAUGUUGUCUUUCACCCUGGUGGCCCAUUGGCUCGCCUGCAUCUGGUACGUUAUCGCCGAGAAGGAGAGACUCCGGAACGACAGGGAAUGGGAUCUCGGCUGGAUCCACACCCUGGCUGACAGGCUCAAGAUAUCCGUCCAGAAUGUCACUCAUUCGGAAAGCUACAUUACGGCGUUGUACUUCGCUUGCAGCAGCCUGACAUCCGUUGGCUUUGGUAACGUCUCUGCGAACACGUCGUCCGAAAAGAUAUUCUCCAUCUGCAUCAUGCUCAUCGGAGCUCUGAUGCACGCGGUUGUAUUCGGGAACGUAACCGCCAUAAUACAGCGGAUGUAUUCUCGUCGUUCUCUCUAUCAGACCAAAUGGAGGGACCUGAAGGACUUUUUGGCACUGCAUCAGAUACCGGACGAACUGAAACAGCGAAUGCAAGAUUAUUUUCAGACAAUGUGGUCUUUGAACCACGGCAUCGACAUUCACGAGGUGAGGGAGACGCUGAAGGAGUUUCCCGAAGAGCUCAGAGGCGACGUUUCCAUGCAUCUUCAUCGGGAGAUUCUCAGCCUCCCGAUAUUUGAAGCUGCGUCUCAGGGGUGCUUGAAGCUCCUUUCCCUUCAUAUUCGCAGCAACUUCUGCGCUCCGGGUGAAUUCCUCAUUCACAAAGGCGACGCUCUCUCCUACAUAUACUAUCUCUGCAACGGGUCGAUGGAAGUUGUUCAGAACAGUAUGGUUGUUGCGAUUUUGGGGAAAGGAGACCUCGUCGGCUGCGACAUAAGCAUACACCUUCACACUGGAAGUAACGGGGGUGGAACGGGAGGCGGAGGAUCCGCGCCAGUCGACGUGGUCGUAAAAUCAAGCUGCGACGUGAAAGCACUCACCUACUGUGACCUGAAGUGCAUAAACAUGCAAGGCCUGGUUGAUGUUCUCCGCUUGUACCCGGAAUAUCAGCAUCAAUUCGCCAACGAUAUUCAGCAUGACUUGACCUACAACCUUCGCGAGGGUUACGAGGCAGAGCAAGAGUGUGACAUGAACGGUGUUACCUCAAUGACGCUUCCGUCCAUCAGCGAGGACGACGAAAACAUUCCUGAGGAAGGCGAAACCUCGCCCCUCUCACCACCCAACAAAUCUCCUCUUCACGCAGCUUCAAGUCCCAGACACGCCAAGCUCAGGGACGAAUACAAAGAGAGCCGGAGAGCGACGAGAAGCGUGCUUGUUCGAGGAAGGCCGGCGAUCAUGGCGCAGGAAUCGGUCGAGGACCACAUCCGAGGAUCGGUAGAAAGGCUGGACUCUCAGGUGUCGACCCUUCAUCAGGACGUGGCGACUCUGAGCUACGAGGUGCGAAACGCUAUUCAGGCGCUCCAGAUGUUCGCCAGCUCCCCCCAGAGCAAUCCGAAUCUCCCGGCUCCCUCGGGACGCGGGAGCGGCUUCCUCGCCAGGAGCUCGUCGCAUCCUCCCGACGCCCUUUGCUGGGAUCCACCUCGGCUGGCCAACGCCGUGACACAGACCGACUGGCCGGUCGACCUCUUCGAGGCCUGGGUCCUUGCCAAUUCGCAUCGGGCCCUCAGGAUCCUGGGACUCGAUCCGGAGCUCAUUCUCAGACCUUCUCCACGCUCGCCGACGCCAUCACCGUCCUCGCCGCCUCCGCCGCCCUACGAACCUCUUUCUCCUCUGGCCAUUUCGUCGCCACAGUCGCCCCAGUCACCAGGGAACAAUAAUUACACAAUGAACAACAACCAAGAAAGAAGCGAGGAACCCUCGACAGCGACGGCGUGUCAACCACCUUCGACGUGCUGGGAUCACCGCAGUAAAUUAUCGCACCGUUUCAGUGCCGGCGACGCAGACAAUAGUUCCCAGUUAUUUCAGGCAUUUAACACCCUCCAUCGUCUCCCUGAGUCACGUUCGCUGAAAUUUGACCCCUUUGACAGUUGAGCAAAAGCCGAGCGUCGCUUCUGGGACAAAGCUCAGUGAUGAGAGGCCGGCCUUUGGAGAGGCUGCAGCGCGGUACCCGAGGAGAUCAUUAUGACUAGGAGGCGGAGUGAAAGGCUGUGAGAUUAAUCGUUUUGUGCCGAGAACUUGAACGGAACUGCAACGAGGAAAUACGGGAAGAUAUUGACCGGCUGCUCUUCUGAAUUGAGCAAAUUAAAAUGAGACCUUGUCGUACCAAGAGGAAAUAUUUCGAGAUGUAUCCCAAAGGCUCGAUCUAUGAUACAUGGAAUACGGAAAACGUGUAUGCUUCAUUUUCGCGAUAAAAUUAUUACUUGCGACUGAAAUUUUUGUCGCAAGUUUGAAAUAAAAAUAAGCCGCGUUAUCGUCUAAUCCCAGUCUUGAUUAGGGCAGUAUGAAAAAAAAUCAACGCGUUGUGAUCUCUGAAUAUGAAAUAUGUAUUCUGAUGAAUUAGCAAAUUUUCGGCAAUCCACAUUACAAGAUGACAGGGUGAUGUCCCAUUAUUGAUUAUGCAGAAAGAAAUGGACGUGUACAUAUGUAUGUAUGUACAUGGUCUUUUCCUUCCAAACUGGCAUUUCGACCUUCCGAAAAGCAAUGGGGAAUCCAAGUUUUCCGUUGGAUACCUGUGGAAUAAAUCUCGACAGUAUUAAUUUUACUUUCUUGCCCAAAGAGACAGCCGGAUACAGAAAUGUAUAAUAAAAAACAAUAGUAGGAAUUAUGAAAUUUUUAAGCAUAUCCCGUGGCCGUGUAUCUAUCCAUCUGUGAGUAUACCUUAACUGAUUAAGUAAUGAAAAUAUAAUUAUAUAUGUAUAUUGUCAUAGUAGUGCCUAACUACCAAAAGGAGAAGGAAAA